AUGGCGUCCCCUCAGAUCGUCCAGUGCUUCGGCAAGAAGAAGAGCGCCACCGCUGUUGCGCAAUGCAAGGCUGGUAAGGGCCUCAUCAAGGUCAACGGCCGCCCCCUCUCGCUCGUUGAGCCCCAGAUCCUCCGAUUCAAGGUCUACGAGCCGCUCCUGAUCGUCGGCCUCGAUAAGUUCGCUAACGUCGACAUCCGCGUCCGCGUCACCGGUGGUGGUCACACCUCCCAGGUCUACGCCGUCCGUCAGGCCAUCGCCAAGGCCCUGAUCGCCUACUACCAGAAGUUCGUCGACGAGCACAGCAAGAACAUGCUCAAGUCCGCCUUCGCCCAGUUCGACCGCACCCUCCUCGUUGCCGACAACCGUCGCUGCGAGCCCAAGAAGUUCGGCGGUCCGGGCGCCAGAGCCAGAUACCAGAAGUCUUACCGUUAA